GUUUCUCGUUCUUUGUUGAAGUGGGUCGGUGGUCGGAUUGGCAGCGGGUCCGGGUCCUCGCCCCCUGGGGCGGGGAGCCGGAGACGGAUUAUUCUCUGCGGAGCGACACCAACGACUUUCCAUUGAGCGGCGCAGGCUGGGGUGAGACUGGAUGGACGUUUAAAGAUUACGAGCGGAAUACGUAGAAUAUGCAGACGAUAUCUUUUUCCCCAGAGUUCAAAUGUCAAAGAUAAGUGUUUUUUUAAAAGGUCGAGUUGCAAGAUCGACAGCAACCUGGCAUGGAUGGAGUGCACACUUGGGAGUGGUCCGUCACUGGAUCGAGCUCAGACCCUCCGUUCGCGAGCCGGGAGCUGAUACUGCACCAUCAGCCGACUCCACAAAUUUAGACCUGUGUUGAGAGAUUUAUUGGAAGAAAAGCCCACAUCUGGAAGCAAACCACGACUGUAGACGAGGGAACAGCAGCAAGUGAACCUGCCCAAGGACUGAGAGCAUCAACUGGACAGAACCCAUCUGACUCAGAGUUAACAUUCAUUCAGUCAGGAGAAAGUUUGAGCAGCAAAAACUGAUCACAUCUGUCCUCAAAAUGAGUCAAGGUUCGAGCAGUGGAGGAGCUCCAGUGACAUCAACAUCGGGAAAGGACACAGAACUGAUCACACCUGUCCUCAAAAUGGGUCAAGGUGCCAGCAGUGGAGGAGUUCCAGUGAUGUCAACAUCGGGAAAUGAUACAGAGCAGCAAAAACUGAUCACAUCUGUCCUCAAAAUGAGUCAAGGUUCGAGCAGUGGAGGAGCUCCAGUGACAUCAACAUCGGGAAAGGACACAGAACUGAUCACACCUGUCCUCAAAAUGGGUCAAGGUGCAAGCAGUGGAGGAGUUCCAGUGAUGUCAACAUCGGGAAAGGAUACAGAGCAGCAAAAACAGAUCACAGCUUUCCUCAAAAUGGGUCAAGGUGCAAGCAGUGGAGGAGUUCCAGUGGAGUCAUCAUCGGGAAAGGACACGGAGCUGCCAAAACUGAUCACACCUGUGCUCAAAAUGGGUCAAGGUGCAAGCAGUGGAGGAGUUCCAGUGAUGUCAACAUCGGGAAAGGAUACAGAUCUGAGAGUGAUCACUGAGCUCCUGGCAAUCUGUGACAAUUUCCAGCUGCUGCAGUUGACGGACUUCUACCGGGACAGGCUGGAGCAGGCGAUGGAAGGAGGGGUGCACGGAGUGAGCCUGGCGUUAACGGCCGAGAAUCAGUUCAGCGGAGAGGAACAUCGGAAAAUCUCUGAUCUCGCUGAUAAGGGAGAGCGGGCGGACAGUUCUAAACUCCUCCUGAGCCUGGUGAUGGAGAAAGGCUCCCGCGCCCCAAGGGUGAUGUGGGAAACCUUUGUCAAAAUGCGGAUUGGUGUUCCAGAUUUGGACAAAGUACUGAAGGAAAUCCAGAUGUAUGGUCCGGGCUCAGUGAUCACCGAGCUCCUGGCAAGCUGGGACGAUUCCCAGCUGCUGCAGUUGACGGACUUCUACCGGGACAGGCUGGAGCAGGCGAUGGAAGGAGAGGUGCACGGAGUGAGCCUGGCGUUAACGGCCGAGAAUCAGUUCAGCGGAGAGGAACAUCGGAAAAUCUCUGAUCUCGCUGAUAAGGGAGAGCGGGCGGACAGUUCUAAACUCCUCCUGAGCCUGGUGAUGGAGAAAGGCUCCCGCGCCCGGAGGGUGAUGUGGGAAACCUUUGUGAAAAUGCGGAUUGGUGUCCCAAAGUUUGACAAAAUACUGAAGGAAAUACAGAUAUAUGGUUGUGAUUCUUCCCAUCGACCAAUUCCUGCUCAAAAAUUACUAAAGGUUCUCAGUGAGCUGAAAGAUGUUCAACAGAAACACAAGGAGACUCUGUGGGCACAAACUGAAACACUGAGAGUGAACACGAUCCUGAUGAGGGAGAAGGUGAAGGUUUUCCAGCUGGUUGAUCGAUACGCUGAGCUCACGGUCAUUUCUACUGUUCGAGAUCGGAGACUGGUGGAAGAGGAGCUGCUGGCAAGAGGCAAAGACCACGAAGAGUGGAGACAAAAACAUCUCAGUGGACUCCUGGAAAAACUCCAGAUGGAUCAGCUGUUUCAGAGCAGCUUUUCGCGAAGUAAAUCCAAAUCUGGGAGUUCGGCAGCAGUGGCCGGAGUCCCAGGGAUCGGGAAAACAACAAUGGUACAAAAUAUUGUUUACGACUGGGCCACAGGGAAAAUAUACCAACAAUUCCAGUUUGUCUUCAGUUUCAAAUUCCGGGAUUUAAACACCAUUAACUGCAGAAUAAAUCUGAAGGAACUGAUACUCGAUCGGUAUCCUUACUUUGGGAAUAUCUUGAGAGAGGUCUGGAAGAAUCCAAAGGGAUUGCUGUUUAUAUUUGAUGGUUUGGAUGAAUUCAAUGACACAAUUGAUUUUGCUGACAGUCCUAGAGAUACAGACCUUCAGUCCACAUGCACAGAUCCUGAAUUCAAGUGCAAGCUGUCUGACAUUGUGUACAGUUUAAUCCAGGGCAAGCUGCUCCCAGGGUGUUCAGUGCUGGUGACCACUCGCCCCACUGCGUUACAUUUAUUGGAAAAGGCGAAUAUCAGUGUCCGGGCUGAAAUCCUGGGAUUUGUUGGUGAGGAACGGAAGGAAUAUUUCAUCAGACAUUUUGAAGAUCAGACGGUGGCGGAAGCUGUUUUCAAUUAUGUGAAGGAGAACGAGAUCCUGUACACCAUGAGCUACAACCCAUCCUACUGCUGGAUCCUCGCUCUGGCACUGGGCCCCUUCUUCACACAAAGAGUCAGGGACCCACAGCGAGUUCCCAAGACCAUCACCCAACUGUACUCCUACUAUAUUUACAACAUCCUGAAAAACCACGGCCGUGAGAUUGAGAACCCCCGUGAUGUGUUACUCAGGGUUGGUCAGAUGGCCUUCAGAGGAGUGUCCGAGAGGAAGAUUGUGUUUACAGAUGGAGAUUUGAUCAAGUACAAUCUGCAGCCUUCCCAAUUCCUGUCUGGAUUCCUGAUGGAGCUUUUGGAGACAGAGGAUUCUGCCCGGAGUGUGGUGUACACAUUCCCACACCUCACCAUCCAAGAGUUUGUAGCUGCAGUCGCACAAUUCCUGAAACCACAUCCCGGGGAUAUCCUUAAAUUCCUCACUGAAGUCCACAGCACGACAGAUGGGCGAUUUGAGGUUUUUCUCCGUUUUGUUGCUGGUCUCUCCUCCCCAAUGACAGCUCGGGGCCUGGAGGAGUUUCUGGGUCCAUUUCCUCAUCAAACAACCUGCCGGGUGAUUGACUGGGUGAACGAGGAGAUUAAACGCCAGAGUAGAAACACAUGGAGUGAAGCUGGUAAAAGGAGCCUCCUGAACACAUUGCACUACCUGUUUGAGUCUCAGAAUCGUGGACUGGCUCAGGCCGCACUGGGAUCUGUGGAAACACUUUCAUUCAGUGAAAUGACACUGACCCCGAUUGACUGCGCGGUCCUGUCUCAUGUCUUCGGACUGUGUGAUACAAUAAAACAGCUCGACCUGGAGAUCUGCCACAUUAAGUAUGAGGGAAUACAGCGGCUGGGACCCGGGUUGCAUAAGUGCCAGGAGUUGAGACUAGGUGGUAAUAAACUGGGAGAUUCAGGAGUGAAACUGGUGUCUGCGGCUCUGAGGAACCCGGAGUGUAAAAUACAGAAACUGUGGCUGAGGGAUGUUGGUCUCAUGGACUCUGGUGCCGAGGAUUUCGCCUCCGCUCUCAGUACAAACACAUCACUGAUGGAGCUGAACCUGGGUGGUAAUCAACUGGGAGAUUCAGGAGUGAAACUGGUGUCUGUGGCUCUGAUGAACCCGGAGUGUAAAAUACAGAAACUGUGGCUGGAGUUUGUCGAUCUCACAGAUUCUGGUGCUGAAGAUCUCGCCUCCGCUCUCAGUACAAACCCAUCACUGAAGGAGCUGGACUUGGGAUUCAACUUGCUGACAGACCGAUCUGUCCCCGCUCUCCGCCGCCUCAUACUGACCCUCCCGAAUCUGGAGCAGAUUGUGCUGUGGUGGAAUCGGUUCAGUGAGACCGGGAGGAAGGAAGCGGGAUCUCUGCGGAGAGUCAGACCCAGACUGAGAGUGUAUCUGUGAACAGCUGGAAGUGUGAACAUCACCACCCGGGGCUUAGGUACACUUUGGCCGAUUCCCUGCCCUCUAACUCCCCCCUCCAAUUUAACACCCGCCCUCCCCUUUAACUCCUGCCAUUACCUUUAAUGACUGCGCGCCGGGGUAAUUCCCAACGGUUUUAACGGAACCAGCUCCAGUCUUGCGCUCGGUUACAUCGGAUGCGGUCCCGCAGUGACGUAUUUCCGCCUGUUGUCCUGCAGCACAGCUUCCGCUGGAUAUGCAGGUUUGUGACUCCCUCUCGUGAGACCCCGGGGAAUUACACAGACAGGAAGGGCCCAGGGGCAGGGGCUCAGUCUGGGACACCAGUGUCCCGGGGUGGGAUUAUCCCAGGAGAGAAACCUUUUGCUCCCUUUGCUGAAGACAGUGCAUUCUGCAGCCUGGCCGAUAUAAUGAUGUUAAAUUGACAAAUCCCUCAGGAGUGACCCUGGAUCUGUAGCGAUCUCGGUCACUGUCCUGAAGUGUGAUUUUAUAAACAUCGGUUCCCCGAUGCAGAGUGACGGUGAGAAAUGGGACUGAUUAUUCAAACUGUCACUCGUUGCCACUGGUCGGUUAAUUGUGUGACUGUGAGUGAGUCAGGAGCAGCUUAUUUAUACCCGCACGUCAGCAGCUCACACAUCGUUUAAUUUACAUUUGUCAUGAUCAAACCAAUAAACCGCUGUAACUUCCUGUCCUGGUGCCGGACUCGAGUUUUAUUUCUGCUGCCCCCCGCACCCUGUGCACCGCAACAGUGGGUCGGAGCUCAUGCUGACACAGUAGCGUCUCAGCACCAGGCUGAGGGAGGUCAGACUAGCAGAGUCUGGUUGCCCUGGAACUCAUCUCUACCCAGCCCCCUUCCUGGUUAACUCACCCCCGCCUGCCCCCCGCAGACAGAUAAAAUCAACUUGAGUCCACUGAGGUCCUGAGUAUGAGAGGGAUGUGGGAUGGAAUAUUGGCGUCAGACACAGAGGUUUUCUCCCUCCUCACCAUCCAAUGACACACUCCUGGGGUCAGGCACAGAGUGUAGUUCCCUCUGCAUCAUCCUAUUACACACUCACGAGGUCAGACACAAAGUGAAGAUCCCUCCGCACUGUCCCAUCACAAACUCCUGGAGUCAGACACGAAAAAAAGUGUGAGAUAUAUCAACUGAGUUCUCGAGUUGAAUCAGAUUACAAAGGAGACUCUCACUGUGUUCACCUUGGAACUACAGCACAGGGAACCACACACACUCACACACACGAUGAAUAUAUGUAGAAGUGGGCACAGAGACGAGGAGUAAUGCAGUGUUCACAGACUAGGAGAGGGUGGGAGGGUGCACAAACGGGCAGGGGAGUACAAAUGGGAAUCAUAACCAUAGCGGUUAACAAUCACAUUUGACCUCUCGGGUCAUGAAGUCACCCAGGAUGAAAUUGAAGUUGAGGAUAAUUUUGCAAAACGUGACUCCACCCCUUCCCGUCCUCUCCCACGGUCCGCACUCCUCACAGGACCCUGUCCCUUCCUGUCCACUCACAUGGACUGCGAUCCCAAUCAAAUGCCAAUCUUUCCCAUUCGCUCCACCCAUCCGCAUUCCUAACGGGACGUACCCCUACCCAGUCGCUUGCAUCGUCCAAACGCCCAACGGAUCCCACCCCUUCCAUUCACUCCCACCGUUUGCCUCCCAGUGGGCUCCGCCCUUUCCCAUUAACUCCCACCGUUUGCCUGCCAACCGGAUGACCCCUUCUCAUUUACCCCCACCGUCUGCACUGUUUCCCAUUCACUCCUACCGUCCGAAGGUUCCAACUGGAUGCCACCCCUUCCCGUUCACUCCAAAUGGGACCCAGCUCUUCCCUUUCACUCCCACCUUCCAGUUCAUUUCCAACGGGUCUGUGAACCUGGUAAUUGGCCGCGACGCCCAAAUUCCGUGUUUGACAGAACUCAGGGCUGCGUUUAGGGAAUUUCACGAAAACGCCGAUGGUUCAUUAGUUACAAGGAAAGUCGAGGGUCAUGAGGAUAUUGACGACUUUGUACAAAUGACGAUGUUCUAAAUUCUGGCAGAGACGGUGGAUAUGAUCAGACUGAAGGAACUUCGGCAUGCCUUCCUGAAAAUGGCGGGGGUGGGGGUGGGGUGCGUGUGAGAGAGUUUUAUGGUUUCCGUUUCCCCACACCGGGAGAUUCAUUGCGCCCGGUUCCCCGUGUUCACAGAGCACACAGGAAAUUACACAGGGUACGGUUCCCGGUCUCCAAACCCCAAACUGGGAAUUUUGCCAGAGACGGUUCCCGAUCUCAGUCUCUACACCAAGAGUAUUACCGCGCACGGUGUUGGGUCUCUGUAUCGUCACCGGGAAUAUUACCACACGUUUCCUGGUGUCUGUAUCCUCCUCUCUCCACGACACUCGGAGUGAUGUCGCACAGGAUCCGAGAUAAGGAUGUCGGAUCGGUCUCUGUUGUUGGUGAUAUAUUUAUUAUUUGUGAUACACAGUCCGCGCAAUCGAGUGGAGGGUGGUCGAGAGUGUCUGUCCUGCGAGGGUUUCCUGAUUGAAAAUGGUGAAUAGGGAGGGAACGACAGAAGGAUUUAGAAUGGUCACUGGGGAGGGAGUGAAAGGUUGACUGAAAGUGGUCUGGGGGGGGAAGUGAUGGGCUGAGUGACAAUGGGCCCAUGGAGCGAUGGGCGGAAUUAAGAUGGCCAUGGUCACCUUGUUUCUCAGGGCCGGCAGAGAAGGAGUGACACACUGACAAGACGGUGGGAGUGCCAGGCAGAUGUAAAAUGACCGACAGGGUGGGGAUGACACGCUGAGUGAAAAUUAUCAACAGGGAGGGAGUUACUUUUGAUAAUUAAAAAUAGGAUUCUGGAUUAAAGCCAGACUAUAAAUCAUAACUAGGGAGAGAGUGACGCGCGGACAUAACGCUGUCACCAGGGAGGGGGUGACUCGCACAUUGAAAAUAAUCAGCAGGGAGGGAGGGAUACUCUGAGAGAAAAUGGACACCAGGAGUUGACAAAUUAGAGGGAGUGGCGGCCCGACCUGAAGUAGUCCCUGAGUCCUUGGUUACAAUGGCCGACGGGGAGAGAGUGAUGGACAGACUUCAAAUGACCAACAGGAGGGAGAGACGCACCGGGUAAAAUGGCCGAAAUGGAGAGAGUGGCGCAUUGGGAAGAGAGAAGGGGUAAUGGGUCGAUGUAAAAUGAUCUAAUGGGACAGAAUGACGAACUGACAUAAAAUAGCCGCCGCUUCACUUAAACUGUCUGACGGGGCAGUUUAGGGUUUGUGAUACCUUGUUUAACAUGAGCGCCAGGAAGGCAGGGGCUGACACUCCGAUUGAAAACGGCUGUCACCAUCGUUUAUUCUGUUGAGACAAAGGCAGAGACCCCGUUCCGGAAGGUUGAAACGGAACCAAGGAGGAAGCGACGCCUUGGUUAAAGUGAGCGGCAGAGAAGGAGUGAAGGACACGUUGACCUCAAAUGGCCGACGCUUCACUUGAAAUGGCCGCUGGGGAGGGAGUGGCGGCUUUGGUAGAAGUGAGCACGAGGGUCGCGCUGAUUUAAAAUGGGCGAAUGCUUGGUUGAUGUGGCCGCCAGGGAUGGAGUGAGACACUGACUUACAAUGGCCACUGUCACACUCAGAAUCUAUGGCGAAGGAACAUGGAUGCAAUCCCGGGAUCGCGUGUAUUAUUGAUUGUAAUAACAGUAUUUUAAUUUGUGUUUUCUAUCGUCUUGGGUAUUGUAUAUAUGUUUUAAUUCUAAUGAUUUUGUCAUUGAAUAAACAUGUAUAUAUCUCA